AUUAAUAUUUUAUUUAGUUUUUGUUGAUUCCUUCUAACAAUAUUAACUUUGAUUUUAACUUUAUUUAUUUAUUUAUAUUUACAAACGUGCAAAAUCCAGCUGUCUGAAUUUUACUUCUUGUUGGUGCAACUGUAUUGCUGAAUUUCAAUUUUCAAGCUCUUAAUAUUAUACAUAUAUAUAAGCAUCAAAUAAAUUCAAUAUGGAUGACGUAUUUAAAGAUGAAAGAUUUUCUCAUAUUCUUACUGAUCCAUCCUUUCGACGUAUUCCAAAAAAGGUACGAAAAAUUCAGAUUGACAACCGCUUUAAAACAUUGUUAAAAAAUAAACGAUUCACAGAAAAAUGCAGCAUUGAUGAACAUGGCUGUGCUCUAAAAUUAGAUGCAACAGAAAAUUUAAGAAGCCUUUAUAAUAUGGAUGAAGAGUCAUCUGAUAGUGAAGACAUGCCUGAUAAUGAAAAAAUUGAUAAAGCAAAGAAGCAUAAGAAAAAAGAAAAAAAUAAGAUGAAAGUAGGAAAACUUGUUGAAAAAAAUGAAAGUUUAGAUAAUAAUUUUAGGAAUAUUGAUAAUGAAACCAAUGAUCAAAAUAAAAUAUCUAAGAAGAAAAAAGUUAAAAAUCAAAAAACAAACAAAAAUUUAAUGAGUGAAAGUAAUAAAUUUUCUUUGGUUGAAUGUAAAUCUGAAAACGAACUAUCCACAAGUAAUGCUAUUAAAGAAUUCCAUGAAGAUAGUACUGUUAGUAAAAGUAAAUGCCCUAAUGUUAUCAGUAACAAAAGGCCACAAGAAAGUGUACAGGCUAAAUCUCGUGAAUUAGACUUUCAAUUCGAACAAGAAACUAGUUCAGAAGAGGAAUGUUCUGAAGAAGAAGAAAUCGAUAAGGAUAGUGUUAAACAAUAUGACUCUGAUAAUGCUGACUCUUCUGAAGAAGAUUCUGAUGAAGAUUCCGAAAGUGAUGAUUCUGAGAGUAAAGAAAGUGAUGUAUUUGAUCAUCAGUGGGAAGAACAACAUGAAAGAGCUCCAGAUACAGAUGAAAUAACUAGAAGGCUUGCUGUGUGUCAUAUGGAUUGGGACAGAAUUAGAGCAGUUGAUUUAUAUGCAGUGUUUAAUUCAUUCAAACCACCUGAUACAUCAAUUGUUUCUGUUAAAAUUUAUCCAUCUGAAUAUGGAUUACAAAGAAUAGAAGAAGAGAAAUUGAAUGGUCCUCGUGAAUUGGUUGAAAAAACUCUAGCCGAUGAUGAGGAAGAAGUUGAGGAUAAAAAAGGAAGCAAGUAUCACCGUGAAAAAUUGAGGCAAUAUCAAAUGAAUAGAUUGAAGUACUAUUAUGCCAUAGUUGAGUGUGAUACCCCUGAAACAGCUAAUAUUUUGUAUGAACAGUUGAAUGGUAUGGAGUAUGAAAGCAGCUCUGUGCGUUUUGACUUGCGAUUUGUACCUGAUGACCUAACAUUAGAUCAAGAGCCGACUAGCAUCGCAGAGAACCCUGAUUUAACUGAAUAUAAGCCAAAAUUAUUUGUUACCACUGCACUCCAACAAGUUAAAGUUGGGCUAACAUGGGAUGAAACAGAUCCUCAACGUAGAGAAAUCCUUCAAAAAGCAUUCACGGAGCCUGACAAUAUUGAAAAAGACAUUAAAGAAUAUUUAGCUUCAUCUUCUGAGGACAGCCAAGAAGAAAUUAGUGAUACCGAAGAGGAUAAUCGAAAACUAUCAACCAAGGAAAGAUUACAAAAAUACAAAUCAUUGCUUGAAUCUAUAAGUGAACAAGAAAAAGAAAAGAGUGGAGAAAAAUAUGAAAUGGAAAUUACUUGGGAACCUGGUAUGAAAGAAAAAACUGAAAGUUUGGUGAAAGAAAAGCUUGAAGAAGAAAAAUCUUACACUCCAUUUGAAGAGUUACAAAAGAAAAAGAAAGAAAAGCAAAAAUUAAAGAAAAAAGUUAAGAAAGCAAGAACUCAUGAGGAUGAGGAGUCAGAGGAUGAACUAUCCGACAUGAGCAAUUCUGAUGCCUCUACUGAAAUGAAAAUCAGCAACACCAAGAAGAAAAGCUCUAAAACAAACGACGAAUUGUAUCUAAUAUCAGAUUCUAAGAAAGUAGAUGUUGAAAAUGACCAAUCAACCAAGGGAAAGAAAAAGAAGAAAACCAAACAAGAAGCUAAGGAUAAUUUUAAGGUCAAUGUAAAUGAUCCUAGAUUUUCUGCAAUAUACACUUCACCAUUAUUCAACAUAGAUCCUUCUGAUCCUCAUUUCAAGAAAACUCCUGGAAAUUUGGCUAUAAUUGCAGAAAAGCAAAGAAGAUUAAAAAAUAAAAAGGGUUCAGCAGAAGAAAUAAAGAGUAAUAAGAAGUUAAAAUACAGUUGAUCUUUGUACAGAUACUUUCUAAAUUAUAGUGAAAUAUAUAAAUAAUUUUUUAUAUUGCUAACAUUAUUUUCAUAAAUAUAUUUGUGAAACUAAA